AUAGCUGCGGAGAGGCUCCUCUGAUAUGAUCCACUAGUGUCUUGUCACAUCUUUAUUACUCCUUUAACUUUGUUACAUACAAUUAUUACUAUCAUUACCUCUUUUCACCUACGUGUAGUUUUCACACCACUCCACCAAUAUUUCUCUCCCAUCUCUCUCUAUCUCUAUCUCUCUGAACCAAGAAUAGUAGCCUUUUCAGCUUUACCUUGUUAACAACAGUACUUUUAAACCCUCCAUUUGAACAACACUCUUUCUACUUUUAUACAAACAAAAAAGAAACCAAACAUCUUUCUUACUUAAAAGCUCUUUCACCCAUUCUACUUCUGUUAUAACAUCCAAACUUCUAAACAUUUCAUCAUUCCUCAACCUACCCAGUUCUUCUUCUUCUUCUUCCGUAUCUAAAAAGCAGUGAAACUGAAACAUUUAUAUUUAGAGAGACAAAGAGAAAGAGAGAGAAAAAAGAUGGACUUUGGAGGGAACAUGUUCUGUCUCAACAACAGAGACCAAAGUAAUAACAAUAACGGUAACAGUAACGGUUUUACUACUUGGGGUAGUACCAGUAAUGGUACUCCUGCUACUGCAUGGAACAUGGACAUUUUCCAUGUUCCAGUUGAAAACACCGCCGUUAGUAACCAUCACGAUUCUGAUUUAAGCAACGUGAUGAUGUUUAACGGCGGUGGUGACAGACAUCAUAGAGGGAGCUAUAUGGAACCGUAUGGAAGAGGUGGGUCAGGGUCUCACGUGAUGCCUGACCCACAUCUCACAUGUUUGAAGUUAGGGAAGAGACAUUAUUUUGAGGAUGUGAAUGGUGGUGGUGGUGGUGGUGGAGGGUUGGGAGAUAAGAGAGGAAAAGGGUACUGUGGUGGUGGUGGUGGGAAGGUGGCUGCGGCAAGUUUUGCGGUGGCGAGAUGUCAGGUGGAUGGAUGCCACGUGGCAUUGAUGAAUGCUAAGGAGUAUCAUAGGAGACAUAAGGUUUGUGAGAUGCAUUCGAAGGCACCAAAAGUUGUGGUUUUGGGUUUAGAGCAGAGAUUCUGCCAGCAGUGUAGCAGGUUCCAUGUUGUGUCAGAAUUUGAUGAUUCAAAGAGAAGUUGUAGAAGGAGACUUGCAGGGCACAAUGAGAGAAGAAGAAAGAGCUCCCAAGAUUCUGUUGCGAGGAAUUCCUCACAAGGCGGGUGUGCUCUCUCUCUUCUGUCAUCUCGGACUGAUUCUUGGCUUUCACCUGCUGAUCUCUCCGUAAGAUGCAGUGCUGCGUUAAGCGAAUUGAUAGCAGAAAAUCGGGCAGCAAUCAUGGCUAGGCAAUAUGUCUCAGAUAGAGACUGGCAUUUGCACCACCAUGCCGUGGAAGACUACAGGGAGAUCCAGCCCGAGUCGAAUUAUUUCCCACAACAAAUGUUUCCUCAGACGCACUAGUGAUGGUUCUUAUAGCAAGGAGCUUGGAUAUGGAUUUCUCACAAAUACCAACGUCAUCGCAGUCGGUUAAUCAGAAUUGUUGGAUGAAAGAUCAGACGACUCAUAUGGAGUUGCUUAUAUUGUCAUCCAACUCUUUAGACUUUACCGACUAUGGUGAACAUGUGGUAUUGUGAAUGCAUGGAAUUUCGAUCCAAGAACCUUGUCCUAAAGUUUAGGGAAAUAAGAGUUCCUACAAGAAGGACCUAUUUUAUGAAGUUUUGAACUAUUUAAUAUCCUAAAAAUAAAAGUUUAGAAGAUUGUAUUUGCAUCUUUAAUUGCACGUUAAUGUGGCCAAGCUUCUGCUUUUAAACUUUAUAUGUUACAGUCUGAAAAUAUAAUUAUCCUGUAAUUCAUAAUUGAUUACUAGUUGAUUACUAGUCUUAGAAUUGAGUUAUUGAGCCUAACUUAUCCUUACAAAACUGGCUUGUAAAGUGAGGAUUGCCUCUAGUUUAUAAACACUUAGUCAGACCAUAUCA